CUUGUCGGUUGUGCAAGGUUAUUUUGGUGAAUGAAUUUUUUAACACACUGAGAAAUUGAAGUUGUGGCCUUGGCUGGGGAACACAAUCCUUAGGAAGCAGAAAAUUUUUGCAGUAAACCCUAAAAAAGUCUGAUUCUUUCUUGUCAAUGUAUGAAUCUCCUUAGUCAAUGACCAAAACCCAGUAGACAGAGCAGGGGAAUUAAAACAAAAAGGCCGGAAAUUUUUUACAAGAUAAUGCAAGGAUCUGUAGCUGAGCAAGAACCAGAAGAGGAAACAGUAAAGCUGAAGCUCCUCUUCAAUGGCAAACACUAAUCUCUUUACUGUUUUUUUACUCAUCACCUUCGUCUACUUCUUCACUGUAAUCUCCGCAGAUGAAUCUUCUGUUUGGUUCAAAAAAGUCAAGAGGGCGAAACAAGAUACGGACAAUGAGCCGUUUGUUGGUGUAAAUAUAGGCACUGAUGUGUCCAACUUGGUGUCACCAGCAGGGCUAGUCUCGUUUUUGCAAGUCCAGAAAAUAACCCACAUACGCCUUUAUGAUGCAGACCAGGACAUACUCAGAGCUUUGGCUAAAACCAAGAUCCGGGUCAUUAUCAGUGUACCAAAUAACCAGCUUCUUGCAAUUGGAUCCUCCAACACCACAGCAGCUUCAUGGAUCGGUAGAAAUGUUGCUGCUUACUACCCUGAAACCCUCAUCACCGACAUUGCUGUGGGUGAUGAGGUGUUGACAACUUUACCAUCUUCAGCUCCUUUGUUGCUUCCUGCAAUUGAGUCUCUUUACAAUGCUUUGGUGGCUGCAAAUCUUCAUGCCCAGAUCAAGGUUUCAACUCCACAUGCUGCUUCGAUAGUUCUUGAUACUUUCCCUCCUUCUCAAGCCUUCUUUAACCAGAGCUUGACUUCUGUUAUGCUCCCUUUGCUUCAGUUCCUGUCAAGAACUGGGUCUCCCUUGAUGAUGAAUCUGUAUCCUUACUAUGUGUUUAUGGAGAACAAAGGGGUGGUUCCUCUUGACAACUCUUUGUUCAAGCCAUUGACACCUUCUAAGGAGAUGGUUGACCCCAACACUUUGUUGCAUUACACCAAUGUGCUUGAUGCCAUGAUUGAUGCAGCUUAUGUUUCCAUGAAGAACUUGAAUGUCACAGAUGUUGUGGUGCUUGUCACUGAGAGUGGCUGGCCUUCAAAGGGAGAUUCAAAAGAGCCUUAUGCCACCAGUGACAAUGCUGAUACCUACAAUUCCAAUCUUAUCAAGCAUGUUUUGGAUCGAAGUGGAACACCUUUGCACCCGGAAGUUACCUCGAGCGUGUACAUAUAUGAGUUGUUCAAUGAGGACUUGAGGUCCCCUCCUCUAUCUGAAGCUAACUGGGGAUUGUUUCAUGGAAAUUUAACACCUGUGUACUUACUUCAUGUAUCAGGAAGUGGCACUUUUUUGGCAAAUGAUACUACAAAUCAGACUUACUGUAUUGCCAUGGAUGGUGUAGAUUCAAGGACAUUGCAGGCGGCCUUGGACUGGGCUUGUGGUCCUGGUAGGGCUAAUUGCAGUGAGAUUCAACCAGGUCAAAACUGUUAUCAGCCUAAUAAUGUGAAGAACCAUGCUUCUUAUGCUUUUGAUAGCUAUUACCAGAAGGAAGGGAGAGCUGCUGGGUCUUGUGACUUCAAGGGUGUGGCCAUGAUUACCACUACUGACCCAAGUCAUGGAAGCUGUAUAUUUCCUGGAAGCAAGAAGGUUAGCAAUAAGACGAGAACAGUAGUAAACUCAACGGAAGUAAGCGGUCUAGCUUGUAGAUCAAGGUUCCAGAGUAUCAGCAGCAGCAAAAUAAUUGCUCUCGCCGUAACUCUCAGCAUUUUGAUAUUCAUUUUAUGACUCGGCAGCGAGUUAGAAAAUAAAAUGAGGAUGUAAAUUUUCAUUCAAUGUAUCAUAUGAUUUUGCUCCUCAACUUGUCCAAUGAUGCAAUAAUGCAAUUGAAGAAAAGUGUGUAGAGUCAAUGUGUGCUUCAUUUGA